AAGCAGGAAGAAUCUCUUCACCUUCUCCCUAGUUUCACAGGCAUGUGAGUGUAUAUAAUUGGCAUAAUUCAAGAAGAACUGGCUCACCUGCUGGUCUUCUCCCUAGGUCUGGAGAACAAGAAAAUGAAGUUGAAAAGGAGAGAUUUGAGGUUCACUGACAAGGUUCUACCUUAAGAGGUUGGUGGUAUCAAACAGUAGCAGUGAACCUUGUAGGGUACCAGCCCCGGAGGAGGGGACAUAUAACGAUCUGGCUGAAUUCUCCCUGCUGGCCACACAGUAGAAACUGUCAGCUUGUCAUUGUUGGUUUACUCCUGGCCAGAUCAGUAACAGGGUGGCCUAAAAUUUAGCUUUAACCUGUAAAAAGAUCGCCCAGAAAACUCUCAAAACAGAAUUGGGGUUUGGAGCACCUGCUUCCUCCAGGUGUGUGGAAGAAUUGUAUAAGGAAUAGUUUUAAGUUUAGCAAAUGCUGAGUUUUUUUUUCUGAAAUUCCUGCAGGGUUGUGUCUCUUAUAGCCCAGAUUCUGGACUCUCUGAUAGUGGACAGUGGCCUUAAGUCCAGGCCCGAGUCCACUCUAUCUUGCUCCAGAUCAACUUCUACUGAGCCCUCUCACAUGGGACUAUCUGACCUUCAAAAGACCCAGUGGGGAUACUAGUGAGGUGGGACCAUGGGCUCUCUUGACAAGGACACCCAGGACAUUUGUCCUAUCUGCCUGGAUCCCCUGAAGGAGGCUGUGAGCACCGACUGCAGACACCUCUUCUGCCGCAAGUGCCUGACCCAGCACAUGGAGAAGGCUUCGGUCUCUGGGACUCUCAGCUGCCCAGUCUGCAGGAAGCCCUGUUCUGAGGGGGUCCUUGGAGACAAUUACGUCUGCCACACCCACCAGAAGAGGGUGUGCAGGUUCUGUGAGGCGAGCGGACAUCUCUUGUGUGAGGAAUGCCUCCAAUCCCCUGAACAUCAGUUCCAUACUGAACCCUCCAUUGAAAAUGCCAUCAGCCACUACAAGGAAAGACUCAAUCGUAGAAGCAGGAAGCUCAGAAAGGACCUUGGGCACCUUCAACAGCUUAAGGCUCAGGAAAAGAAGAUGCUGCAGGCUCUGCAGGUGGAUUGUGAGCAUCACGGGCUGAGAACUGACCAAACCAAGGAACAACUGAAGGCUCUCCCUUGGCAUUGGCUGGACCAAGAGGACUUACCAGAGGAGGUGGCCAAGAUCUUUAGCUUCUCUGAGGCAGUAACACAUCUCAGCAUCCUGGUUUCUGGCCUGGAAAGGAUGGCCAAGGAUCUAGAUGCCAGCACCCUGAAGGAUGCCAGUGACUUACUGGAAAGGAGUGCGACACAGAAAUUAGAAGAACGUCUCACUCGUGUUUCUCCAGCCGGUCCUCCUGGUAUAUUCGCAUCCCCACAGCUGCCAUCUGAUGAUCUAGCUUCUGACGCUGGAACAUAGUCUCCUCCCUAAGCCAGACUUGAGCUUGUGGCUCCCAUUGUUGUGGCCAGGCAUUUCAGAUCUCCAUAUAACUGUGUGCUGAUGCUUGCACCUACUGCCCACGGUCUCGUGGGCAUCGGAACAUCUGGAUGAUACAGCAGAGUGAGCCCGCCUCAGCUUAUGGAGCUUGGCAGGUUUAUUGGGUAAUAGUUCUUCUGAUUCUGAUAGAACCUCCUGUUGGUACAGCUCACAUUGUCCAUUCCUUAUGACUGUUGCACGCAGACUUGAGGGUGAUUUCCACAGUCCUCACCCUCAUGUUCAGGUACAUGUAACUUUGUCCUCUGGAGAAUAAGUGGCAUCGGUGACUUGCCUCUCAUCAAAGGAAUGUAGCAGAAGUGAUGGAGGUCAACUGUAGUGGCCAUAGACUCUUUCUUGCUAAUAGAUGCAUUCAAGAGACUCUUCUUGCUAAAGCUGGGGAUGCUGAGGGGAAAGAUAUGUGGGCAGCUCCUAGUUUCCUAGAGCAGCCUCCAUCUUCCGGGUGACAGGAAUCAGGGAACCUGGGCCUUACAGUUGCAGUAAAGCCUUCCAACACCGCAAGUAAAGUUGCAAGUAGAUACUUCUGGGAGCUGAAAAUGCCUCCACGAAUCACCCUGCCCCUGCCCAUAGUCUCCAUAGGCCUGGGAAAUUGUAAAAACAAGUUUUCCUUACUUCUGCAUCUGUUUUUAUAAUAAACUUCCCUAUUAUUUAAACC